AUGUUCGCGCCAAAUGUCGUUGUUCUCAACAGCUGGAAGCAUGUCAGGGAGCUUUUUGAUAAACGCGGAGCGAUCUACGCGGGCCGUCCCGAAAACUAUAUCGCAAAUGACUUGAUUUGCCCAAAUCAAACGCAUAUUCUUUUUGUCCAAUACGGUCCAGGGUGGCGAAUGCUUCGCAAAGCCGUGCAAGCUCUUUUGAACGUGAAAUCCGUUGAUGAUAUAUGUCCAAUCCAGAACGCAGAAGCGACACAAACAAUGUGCCAACUUAUCCAAGACCCUGAGGGAUAUUAUGAGCAUAUCAGACGGUUUUCCACAGCUGUGAUCCUGUCCUCUGUAUUCGGACAGCGUGGAGCCGAAUUCAACUCGCCCAAUGUUCGUGCUCUUUACCAUGUGCAGGACAAGUUCACUUCCAUUCUCGCACCAGGAGCCACACCUCCUGUUGACGCAUUCCCUUUUCUGCGAUAUAUACCACAGUGCUUUGCGAGCUGGAAAUUGAGAGCUAAGACCAUUCGGGCUGAGCAGCGCUCUCUGUACUUUGCUCUUAUGGAAGAAACUAGAUCUAAAAUUGCCAAGGGAACUGCGAACGGCUGCUUUAUGGAGCGACUCUUUCAGGAACAGUCAAAAAGUGGAUUGGAUGAUGAGCAUAUUGCUUAUCUCGGUGGAAGCCUGAUGGAAGCGGGAUCUGAUACAACCUCCUCGAUUUUACUGUCAUAUUUGUAUGGUAUGAUCAGCAAUCCUGCGGCAUUUGAAAAGGCCCAGAGAGAACUAGACAUUGUUUGCGGCACUGCGCGCUCGCCGGUAUUCAAGGAUCUGGAAAAUCUGCCAUAUUUGAGAGCCUGCAUGACUGAGACGUUGAGGUGGCGGCCUGUUGUACCUGAAGGCAUACCCCAUCUGCUCAGUCAGGAUGAUAUUUAUGAGGGCUACCAAUUCCCGAAAGGAACGAUUUUUUUUGCAAACACAUGGUCCAUCCACCGGGAGGAGAAAGAGUACAGUGCAGGGGAUGAGUUUUCCCCGGAGCGCUUUUUAGAGAAUAAGUUUGGCUCACAGGGAAAGGAAGAGGAAAACAAUAACCGUAGAGACACGUAUGCCUUUGGUGCUGGUCGUCGGAUGUGUGCCGGUCAGCGGAUGGCAGAGAACUCUUUGAUGCUCAAUAUGGCAAAACUUACUUGGGGCUUUGACAUAUCUGCGAAAGGCCGUGAGAUUGAUUUUGAUUGGAAUGUAGAAACGGCAUACACCGACGGUCUCGCCUUUUCUCCCAAAAGGUAUCCGGUCAAUAUUACUCCACGAAGCGAAAAGCACAGAGAGAUCUUUGAGGCUGAUUUCGAAUCCGAACGGGACGUUUUUGCGAGAUUCGAAAAUUGA